UCUCUUUAAGGCUGCUUCUUUUUUCUUCUUCAGCUUGUGCAUUCGGUAACUAACAGUUUUUGCAUCUCUGCCUCCAUCUGAAUUGUGCUAACAUCAACCAUAUUGCAACACCAUGACCAUUAAGAGUUGUGGCUGCUUUGGAGCCUCAACUACAAAGAAGAAGAAAACUAUAACUUCUCAUAGUCCCAAUGAAAUUGAUGGCUAUCCCUUAGCCAAUGUUAGGCAAUUCUCUGAUAAGGAACUGAGAUUGGCAACUGAUAAUUAUCAUUCAAACAGUAAGAUAGGAAGAGGAGGCUUUGGAACUGUUUUCCAGGGAACCUUAAAAGAUGGAAGACAGGUAGCAGUGAAGACCCUUUCAGUUGGAUCAAAGCAAGGAGUUCAUGAAUUCUUGACUGAAAUUAAGACAUUAUCAAAUGUUAGACAUCCAAACCUUGUUGAAUUGAUUGGAUUCUGCAUUCAAGGACCUAGCCGCACAUUAGUCUAUGAGUAUGUGGAAAAUGGCAACCUUGAUAGUGCAUUACUUGGCACAAGGACUAAGAGAAUUAAACUAGAUUGGAGAAAAAGAUCUGCUAUUUGCAUAGGUACUGCUAAAGGUCUUGCAUUUCUUCAUGAGGAAAUUGUGCCACAUAUUGUACAUAGAGACAUCAAAGCUAGUAAUGUACUACUCGACAAAGAUUAUAAUCCGAAAAUUGGUGAUUUUGGAUUGGCAAAGUUAUUCCCAGAUGACAUUACUCACAUCAGUACAAAAAUUGCCGGAACAACGGGUUACUUAGCACCAGAAUAUGCAUUAGGUGGACAGUUAACCAUGAAAGCUGAUAUAUACAGUUUUGGUGUUCUUGUGCUUGAAAUCAUUAGCGGCAAACGCAGCUCGAGGAGUAACUGGGGAGACUCCAACAAACUCCUAUUGGAAUGGGCAUGGCAACUUCAUGAAGAGGGUAGACAUUUGGAUAUUGUGGAUCCAGAGAUGGAAGAGUUUCCAGAGGAAGAGGUGAUGAAGUACAUGAAGGUUGCAUUGUUUUGCACACAGUCAGCAGCAAGCAGGAGGCCAUUGAUGACACAAGUGGUUGACAUGCUGUCAAAGGAAAUUCAGCUCAAUGAGAGUCAAUUACAACAACCAGGAUUCUUCAUGGAUUCAAAUGAUGAAUCCUCUCGGAUCAAGUCAACUUCUGACUCUAUAAUUCCUAAUGUUAGCUCUAGUCAUAGUUUUACUCAGGUGGCCCCUCGAUGAUCAUGCCUAAAUAAAUAUAAAUAGUGGUUCA